AUGAAAAUGCUCGGGUGUCAGAUACGUGAGGGAGAGUUCACUGCAACGAUAUACAGUGCCAUCAAAGAGCAAAAAUAUAAGGAAGCCAUCAAUGUAUUGAAUCAGCAGUUGCUCACGCAUCCUGGAAAUCGAGCAGCUUUAUCACUUCUCGGAUACUGUUUUUAUCAAUUACAAGAGUUUGUCAAUGCUUCUGAUUGCUACGAACAAUUAACGCAAACAUAUCCAGAUGUGGAGGAAUAUAAAAUUUUGUUUGCACAAUCGCUUUACAAAGCUGAUUUAUACCAAGCUGCAAUGAAGGUAAUAAUUUACCGCGAGAGGUUGAUCAAACUUCAAGCGGCUAUUCGUUAUGGCGAAGGCGAUUUAUCGGGUUCGAGGAACCUGGUUGAACAGAAUCUUUCUGAAGAUCCUGAAUCAAUCGUCAACCUUGGUUGCUUGCUAUACAGAGAAGGAAACUAUGAACAGGCAUGCCAACAUUUUCAACAAGCAAGUCAGACACUGGGUUUUCAACCCACGAUUGCUUACAAUAUAGCGUUGUGCUACUAUCAGACUAAACAGUACGCGCAAUCCCUCAAGCACAUUGCCGAUGUGAUAGAACGUGGCAUCCGAGAACAUCCGGAGCUUGGAGUUGGGAUGACCACGGAAGGACUAGAAGUGAGAAGUGUAGGAAACACACUGGCACUUCGAGAAACCGCUUUGGCUGCGAUUGAAUAUAAUUUGAAAAACCCCACGGCUGCAUCUGAAGCGCUGACGGAUAUGCCACCCCGUAGUGAAGAGGAGUUGGACCACAUUACUUUGCACAACCAGGCCCUAAUGAACAUGGAAACGGAACCGGCUGCCGGUUUUCAAAAAUUGCAAUUCCUAUUACAGCAAGAAACAUUUCCACCGGAAACGUUUGCCAACCUCUUACUUCUUUAUAUCAAAUACGAAUACUACGAUUUGGCUGCUGAUGUCUUGGCCGAGAAUGCUGCCCUCGCAUACGAAUACCUUUCACCCGAACUGUACGACUUUAUUGAGGCGGUGAUUUUACGACAAACUGCUCCACAGGACGCUUAUAAGUGGGUCGGAAGUUAUUUAAAAAUCGGCUUACGAAUGCAUAAUGAAUUCUUUGUUGUCGCAUCGCCUGGGACCCGCUGUGAGCCAAAGUUGGGUUCUUUGUUAGUAAGUCAAGUCAAGUUAAGAAGCGGCCUUAAUUCUUCCUAUAGGGGAUGA